GCAACCAGCGGCAGCCCUCGCGACUCCGGUUCAAGGCCCCUACGUGAUCACGAGGUGCUAACAUAAAGAACCUCCACCGUCACGUACCCCGGCUACCUGAAUUAGUUAUUUUUUAUCGCUACUCUUUCACCUUCGAUGUAAAUAUCUUAUCGAACUGUCAAUAGGCUGUGGAUUUCCUAUCUGGUAAAAUAUCGAAAUAUUUGAGCGGAGUUGUAUUUAAGAUGAAUAUCAUCGCGUAGCGAAGAUGAAAUCGCGCGAUCGACACACAAAACAAGAGGCGCGGAGGGGAAAAAAGGAGAAGAAAUCGCCUAAGCAAGAAGCUCGGGGUCAGAGAAGUUCGGGGAAGUCGGGGAGAGCCAGCCCACCGAGCUCGGCGGCCGUCAGGGACCGCGUCAAGCGCUCGGGCUUCGAGGCCGUGAAGCUGCACAUUGAGAGCUCUGGCCACAACGGCAGGACUUCACGAUCAGCUACUGCGGUCCGCAAAACAAGCGUCCGAAUGACUGCGAUAAAGGAAUACCCCUUCGACCUGAGUGAUCUCCAGAAUCAGACGAAAGAAGAGGAGAAGCGGAAGAGUUCCACUCUUGCGCCGGCAUUGCCCGAACCUCCGCAGUACACCUCGAUUCGCUCGCCCACGCCGGACGGCAAACGAAAAGUCUCCAUCAUGGCCGAUGAAUCUAGCAAGGACCGGGAAAACCUGCCUUCUGAAAGCAGGAAUGGACGCGUAUCAGCACAAGCGGAGGGACCCUCGCGUCGCAAAAGCAACCUCCAUAAUGCCAUGGCAGCAGAAAUGGACACCUCAUGGGACCGACCGGCACACAUCGAGGGCAGGUAUAAGAAAUACUCAACGACUUCUUCUAUAUACUCCAAGAAGGCACUGUCACAGCAGAGCGAACACGUGGAAAGAUCGUGGUGGUACGCUUGUUGUGCAAAGUGUCAUCAAGAAGACUCCGGGAUUCCCUCGUGGGAGCCUCGCAACUGGCAAAGAAUAUGCCCCUAUCCUCUAUGUCCUUCUUACAGACAAUUUGCACAGACACUCUCUGUGUUCAUCAUAGGAAUACUGGUAUGGUUAAUAGUAUGGAUCGUGAUGGGAGAUACAGUCGCGCCCGGCGGCCAGUUGUUCACACUAGCGGUGCUGACCAUCGCGGCGCACUUCGGCGGCUGGCUCAUGCUGAAGGUCACGACGCUCCCGGCUCUAAUAGGGAUGUUAAUAGUCGGCAUAAUACUGAAGAACGUAGGGUUUGUCAACUUUGACAAAGAUUAUAUGAAAGUCUGUUCUAUUAUCAGGAAAAUUGCUUUAACUAUAAUUUUAACUCGAGCGGGCCUGGAUUUGGACCCGCAUGCGAUGAAGAAAUUCUUCUUAACUGUAAUCAAGCUAGCGUUGGUGCCGUGGACCUUUGAAUUCGUACUGUCUGCGGUCUUGUCUCACUACAUCUUUAGCUUACCCUGGGAUUGGUCUUUCCUCUUGGGUGCCAUUGUUGCGGCGGUGUCGCCCGCGGUGAUUGUGCCGUGCCUAUUCCGGCUGCGAGGCAAGGGAUACGGGGUCUCCAAGGGCAUCCCGACGCUCGUGCUGGCCGUGUCAGGCAUCGACGAUGCCGCCAGUGUGGCCAUCUUUGGCAUCGUCUCUUCACUUAUGUUCUCAACCUCCUCGCUUACUAUGAAUAUCAUUCAAGGUCCUCUUAGUAUUAUCGUUGGUAUAGUGGUCGGUGUAAUCUGCGGAUAUCUACUGAAAUUCGUUCCGGAGAGGAAUGACGCGUUCCUGGUGCCUCUUCGAGUAUUGUUGCUCCUUGCUGGAGGCCUCUUCUUUGUGCUCGGCUCGGAGGAAAUCGGCUGGGGUGGCGCUGGGCCACUGGCCAUCAUCGCUUUUGCGUUCGUGGCGUGCAAGAACUGGGCGGACCUGGGCUGGGAGCUGGAAGACAACCCAGUCGCGACAGCCUUUGAGAUCUUCUGGAUGUUCUUCGAGCCCAUGCUGUUCUCAAUCACCGGCGCUCAAGUCGUUAUUUCAGAGCUGCCGAUGGAUCUGGUGCUGUAUGGCAGCGGUAUCCUAGUGGCGUGCAUGGUGCUACGAGCGAUCGUGACCAGCGUGAGCGCGGUGCGCAGCAACCUUAACACGAAGGAGAAGAUCUUCGUCGGACUGUCUUGGAUGGCCAAAGCCACUGUACAGGCUGCCCUAGGCCCAGUAGCCAUCGACGAAGUCGGCAAGAUGGUCGGAGUCGACGAGGACAAGCUUGUGGAAUUACGAGGGUAUGCGGAGAUCGUGUCCACCUUGUGUAUCCUGUCGAUCGUGAUCACGGCGCCUAUAGGAGCCAUUGUGAUCACGCUCACAGGCCCCCGCCUGCUGUCCAAGACCACCAAACCACCAGUACUUGAAGGUUGGCGCAGAUCUCACCGGCCAUCCAUCCGAGACAUCUCCAUCAUCGACGAGGAGGACACCGGGGAGCGAGACGCGGAGGCCAGCGAGCCCGCCACCCCAGUUGCCCCGGGCUCCCCUGCUCCCACGCCCGCGGCCUUCAGCACCCCAACGCCCAUCACAGUGCAGCCCAACCGCCUCACAUGAUCCCACGCGCACAUCACAUCCCCACCCCAAAAAGGACGGACAGUUUACUCGACUCUGUAACAGUCUAGGGCCUUUUUUCAGUGGCAACGUUUCGUGGCCUUGCCAGACUGUUUUAGGUGUUACCCGAUAUGUGUGCCAAUAUUCGUAAACAUGGCUCUACAUUGAAGUAUCCAUCGCUCGUUUUCAUGUCAGAUUUUCAGUGAUUAAAAAGAUGGAUCAAAACGUUUCGUGAUAUGUAGGCCCUCUGAUUCUGACAUACUAAUUGACUAUUCGUACUGGAUGUAAAUAUGUGUAUCAAACCGUCUGAAACAUUAAAUCUAUUCUUAAAAGUAGCAUAAAUUCAGUUAGUCACAAUGUUUUUCGGGGUGAUGCUGUGUGGUGUGCGUUAUUAAAAUCGAUGAGACGCACCGAGGCUGUCUUUUCUAUUUGGGAUACGUUAACAUUCCCAAUUGUUUAGUUUAUAAAAUGUAAAUUAGUUAUAUAAGUGUCGAAGAAACGCCAACUGAAAUCGAAAGCCUAAGUAACUUUAAUGUAGAUGGAGGCCCAAAGCCUGAAUCAUGCUCGAUCAUUCCGAAUGUGUCCAGUGUUAUUCAUUUUUAUCGAAAUUCGCGAAGAAAUAUUUAUGUUUUAAUUUACUUACUUGUAUGUAAAUUUUACAUUGUUAUUAUUAAGAAGUAACAAUAUAGGUAAUACAAUUUUAAGAAUGUAAUUAAAGAGAAAGUACUUAACAAGUAAUAUUGUUACUUUCAGUUAUAAGAGACAUGCUAGUGAUCAUAUAUUUUAAUUAUUAAUUUUGUAUAAAAAUAUGCAUCAUGCUAUAAGUCUAUAAAUGUACUGUCUAAAUGUAAUUAAUUCACUUUCAAAAUGUUAAACACGCACCGUUACAGUCCAACACGUAUAAACCACUUGCGUUGUGUCGACAUAUACCUUAUUUUUCAUUAAAAAUAAUUAUUGUACAGUAUAAUUAAUAGUUACAGAAAGAUAUUAAAACGUAUAUAUUGCUUUAUAGAAGAAGUCACAAAUAUAUCAUAUUUAUUAACCUCCCAGAGCUACAAUCGUGUAAUGUCAAAUACGUUUAAUUACAGAGUGUUCUUCGUCCAAAGUACAUUUUGGCAAUGUGUUUAUAUUAAACGACUGGUACCUACCGUCCGUAAUUUGUAGGUACUUUGUACCCAAUGUAUAGGAUAUUUUUAUGCAUUUAGAAUUCGUGAUCACUCCAUGGGAAUUGGUAAUGAAUGAAGAAGCACUACAUUCAUAUCUGUAGGUAUUUAAAAUUAAUUGUAUUUACUCUUAUAGCAGUGAAAAAGUUGAUAACUAGCAAGUAAAGGUACGAUUUCGUACCCCGCCGCAAACCGCUGCUGUAGACUGCACGUAGCGCUACGUUCUUUUAUGGUAGGUACCACUAUUUGUUUGAAUGUACAGUAUUUCGUAAGAGCUGCGUAUACUCUGCAGUUGCGAUUUAUUGCGUGGUUCGAAAUAAAACCUUAAAUAACACGUAGGAUUAUUGUUGUACGGAUGUGAUAUAACAGUAUACUUAAUCGAUGCCUUAGAGGAAACCUCGCUAUUAGUUCUUAUACAAUUAAUUAGAUAUUGUUACCAAUACGGAGGCAUAUAAGGCACAAGUAUUACUUACGAUAUUAGUUUUAAUUGUUUAAUAUACAAUCUAAUUGUAAACAAAUCAGUAUUGUCACUAUUUAUAAAAAUAAUUAAUUUAUCGAAUCAAAAUAAAUUAAUGUUUGGUACAAAAAGUUGCUAGAAUAAGUGUUCAUCGCCCUUAGGUAACGAUCAUUCUAAGUAUUUAAAUGUAUAGAUUAGUACUAAUUUAAUCAUUCGCCAUACUUUCGUCAUAUUCAUUACUUAAUUAAGAUCGUAAUUGAGGAUUUGCGUAAACUGGAAUAAAUUAAUAGUGACAUAAUUACCUACUAAGCAAACUGUAUUUGCCUUCAAAAGUACCUAUUUUAAUUUAUGUAAGUACUUUAUUAUGUUAUUACAAGUAGACCUACACAUUUUAAUGACAAUUAAUCGUCUUAUUUUUAACGUAAUUUGUAUAGUACUAAUAGGGUAAUUUUAUUGGUUGCUGUAGAAAUGCAACUGGAUACUAUUUAACAUUCCUGCAAGCAGGGACCAUUCACGUUUGCCCACUAUUUGUACUUCAAUCAUUAUAAAAGUGAAGUAUAUAAACAUCAACAUAAAAUGUAUGAAAAAAGCAAUAAACUACUGCAAGAAAUAUCAA